AAAGAGGAAGACAGAGAGAGAGAGCCGAGUUAAAGAGUGGAGCGCAAUUUGCUGGGAGGGAAAAAAAGCAAAGAAAUUUUUAGAAACCUGUUACGUUUCUUCAUUGUACGUUUGUUACUCUGACAGAGUUAGUUUUGCUGGCAAAACAAGAAAGAAAUUAAUUUCUUCAAGACAAAGUUGUGGGACGUUCUUUUCCUCCGUAGUUAAUGGUGGUUUGAGGAAGGUGUGUGUGCCAAAGGAGUGAUCCUCCAACAAGAGAAGGAGGACGCAAUGUUGGGGCGUGUGAGGCUGUGAAAGUGCUGUGAAGCGUGUAAAGUGAAAAGAGAGGUGCGAGAAAAAUGGGUGAAGAUGAUCCACCAAGUUUGGAAUACAUUGAGGAUCCUUACUUCCCAAAAUUGGAAAAUGGUGCUACACCAUCCCUCGAUGAGGUGACCGAAUUUGAUCAUCGUACCUUCCUUGGGGAUGACGAAGCAGCCAAUUGCGAGUGGUCACGUGAAACUGAACUCUACCUGCGAUCACUGACCCUCGAUCAGCUACUCGGUGUGCCAGAUGAUGAACUCCAGACGGUCGAGGCGGAAUUUGUUCCUGCCACAAGUACACGAGGACUCUCCCUGGCCAGGCGUAUACGUUUGCUGACAAGAAAAAAAUUGCGUGAUGUGAAAGUCACAUUCAUUGACUUCUCAAAGCCAUACCUCGCUCGGAUUUCGAGCAAUGAGAAUUACAAGAAAUUCCUCCACUUUGGAGACAGGGCUGAGAACACCUCAGCCAAGCUUUCCGAUGCAUCUCCCGGAUCUGUGGGAUCUGCCGUUGAUGUGGUGGAUGAGCUAGCGGGAUUGUCAAUUGAAGAGCAGGAACGUCAAAAGGCCGAAUGGAGUCAGGAGCUGUCUCGCGUGGAGGAAGAGAUAACAACCCUCCGCACUGUUUUGGCCUCAAAGGUGCGUCAUGCCAGUGAGCUAAAGCGGAAGCUGGGCAUAACUGUGUGGCGCGAGAUCACCGAUGACAUGAAUCAGGGCAUUAAGAAUGUCAAGGAGAGCAAUGUUUAUCAGACAGUCGAGACGAAGGUGGGCAAUAUCACAAGAGCUGUCCAGGAAACUCCUGUCUAUCAAAAGACGGAGAAUGUCUUCAAAUCAGCAGGUGAGAAGACAUCAUCACUCUUUGGGGGCCUAACGACGAAAAUCAGUCAAAUGAAGAAUUCGGAAUCCUUCAAAUCCUUCGAGGAAAGGGUUGGCUCUGCAUAUGAGAAUGUCAAGGUAAGUGCGACGAAAGUCUCCAACAGCCGUUCCAAUAGCGUCCAUAGUUUUAGCGACUACCACGAGGAAUCGAGAACUUCAACGGCCCCCCAAUCACCAAGCAUUCCGGAAGAGAAGCCUCUCAAGUAAAAUGAAACGAAGAAUCAUCCACCGGAAGGCAGAAAAAAGAUGAAUCUACGACGCAUCAAGAAUUUUUCCUAAAAAACGUAUAGAGAGAACAAUAUAUCGUCCCCCUUUCCUCAAGCAAAGAGAGAAGGAAGAAGAAAAGAAUCCAACACUGUUGAACAUUGAACAUUUUUUUAUUGAACAUCUCUAUUUUUUUCCUUUACACGAAUUAUAAUUUUUUUUUAAAUAUUCAAUGUGCACAGAGAGAUUGCAUUAACUAUUAAUUAAUUAUAUAAUAAUAAUAUUUGUCUCUUCAAGAAAACAACAAAAUUACUGUGCCUAAAUGGUGAAUUUACGUGUGUAUGUGUGGCUGGGAGGGUAAUUAAAAAAAAAAAGAAAAAGGAGAAAUGUUGGGAGAAAAAAAGCUCUAUCUUACAUUCAAUUAUAUAUACGGCAAAUUGCAGAUUUAUAUAACUGGCUAAAUAAAUGUUUUAAAAUCAA